AGAUGUGAUAGAAGAGAUCGUUUGAACCGAUUGUUAAAAGUAGGCAUGGAUAUAAUAAUUUGAAUCAAAUAGUAAUGCAUUAACAAAAUUUCUGUUUCUUUUAUACAUGAAUGCUUUUGAAGGUACCGCUGGGAACAGACGAAUGCACGCAAAAUCUCAGUAGUUCCGAUUCGGAGACACACUUGAAUUAACAGGAGACCAAAUGGCCAAUUUAGUCGUGAACACAACCUCGCCGAUGGCUGGACGCCGAUUGAACCGGGACGUGAACCGGCUGUUGGCUGCGGGGUAUCAAACAGUCAUUGACGAUGACAUGACUAAUUUAGAUGUGAGUUUCGUGGGUCCCAUGGGCAGUGCCUAUGAGGGCGGCAUAUGGAUCGUUAAUGUCGCCAUGCCACAGGAGUAUCCGCUGAAGGCGCCUCGCUUGCGUUUCGUUACAAAGAUUCUACACCCGAACAUUGAAUUUACCACCGGACUGGUGUGCAUGAAUGUCUUCAAGCAGGCAUGGUCUGCCAAUUAUGACUUGGUUAAUAUAUUUGAAACAUUUUUGCCCCAAUUAUUGCGACAUCCGAAUCCGCAUGAUCCUCUCAAUCAUCAUGCGGCUGCAAUAAUGAAGCGCUCAGAACAGGAUUUUCGUGAUACAGUCUCAAUGUUUCUCAGAAUGUACGCUCUACCGAUUGUUACGACGGGUCGAUCCAGAGAUUCUGAAAAUCUCGAGAAACGCUCUUCAGACUUGAGCUUAUCCGACUUGCUAUCCGAUGAUGAUGACGACGACGAUUAACUGUUGGCUGGUCUUUUGUUUAUUUUAAUAGUGUAUAUAUUUCUCGAACAACAAAAUGCUAUUUUUCCAUUUGCUAAGAAUUAGUAUUUAUAAUGUCAAAAAAUUGUAUAUUAAAAGUGGAUAUUGCAGUCCUUAAUGUCUUUA